CGGCGUUGCUGCUGCACGCCUGCACCGGCGGUUGCAACACCCUCCCCCCUUCGUUCUCGGCUUCUCACUCGACGCCGUCUUGCCGCUAGCCUGUCUCACCUCGCGGCCGGCAGCCUUGCGCGACGCGCCGCGCUCUUUCACAUUCAAAAUUAUUCGCAACCAUUGCAAAAACUCUCUGUGCAAUAAUAAAAAAUACAUUAUCGGUCAUUGCGGCUGUCAUUAGGUUUAUAACAGAGAGAUUAGAAAUUUAUCAACAGAAUUAAUUGUGCAAAUUUUAGUGGCCUUAAAAGUUUGAAUGCACUCCUCGUUGCAUAUCCCGCGAACGCGCCUCGUUAUGAGAACCCCGUAGGUAUUGGCGGUCACGUUGACGUCGCGCGGACCGCGGUGCCGCCAUAUCUGUCUCGGCCACAACUAGCAAAAUUAAUAGGCCCAAAAUUGUGUUCAUCUCUAAUCAUAGAAAUUCAAUAACCCGCGCAUUCGCUUUUUGAAAUUCGCCUUCACCCGGAUGGAAUGAGGAGUGCACAAUCUUAUUGUUUCACUGUUUCAUAUGUUUGAACAUCUUUUGUUUUUUUGUUUUUCGGACGAUUAGAGAAUUGUCAUUUUGUUACAAAAUUACAAAAAUUGUAAAAUAAAGAAUGGCGGAGGGCAAUGGAGAAAUAUCCUAUGAUGAGGUAGCUGGGAAGGAUUCUGAUGUUGGCCGGACAGAAGAUUACCACAAACUUAUUGAGUAUGGCUUGGAUCCUAAGGUAGCCGCCAAGCUCGACGACAUUUAUAAGACUGGAAAGCUAGCGCACGCAGAGUUGGACGAGCGUGCUCUAGAUGCCUUAAAAGAAUUUCCAUCCGACGGUGCUUUAAGUGUUCUUGGACAAUUUUUAGAUUCAAAUCUCGAACAUGUAUCCAAUAAAAGUGCUUUUUUGUGUGGAGUUAUGAAGACCUAUAGACAGAAAAGUCGGGCGGGCGUUCCCGGUGCUCCCGCUCUGACUCCGACUGUGCAGGUCAAGGGCCCCGACGAGGAGAAGAUAAAGCAAAUCUUGGCCCGAACCGGUUACACGUUAGAUGUGACUACAGGUCAACGCAAGUAUGGGGGUCCGCCGCCCGGGUGGGAGGGGGGCACGCCGGGCGCCGGCUGCGAGGUGUUCUGCGGCAAGAUCCCCAAGGACAUGUACGAGGACGAACUCAUACCGCUGUUCGAACGCUGCGGCACUAUCUGGGACCUGCGACUCAUGAUGGACCCCAUGACGGGUGCCAACCGCGGCUACGCCUUCGUCACCUUCACCACCAGGGACGCCACGCAGCGGGCCGUGCACGAGCUGAAUGAUUAUGAAAUUCGAAAGGGGAAAAAGAUUGGCGUUACCGUUUCCUUUAACAAUCACCGGUUAUUCGUGGGGAAUAUUCCCAAGAAUCGAGAUCGGGACGAAUUGUUUGAGGAGUUUUCUAAGCACGCACCUGGCCUCGUUGAAGUCAUUAUAUAUAGUUCGCCCGAUGACAAGAAGAAAAAUAGAGGAUUUUGUUUUUUGGAAUACGAGUCUCACAAAGCGGCUUCGCUGGCCAAGCGCAGACUCGGCACCGGGAGGAUAAAGCAGGUUUGGGGCUGUGAUAUUAUAGUCGACUGGGCUGACCCUCAAGAAGAACCCGACGAGCAGACCAUGAGCAAAGUGAAGGUGCUGUACGUGCGGAACCUGACUCAGGACAUUACGGAGGAGGCGCUAAAAGAAGAGUUCGAGCACUACGGGAACGUGGAGCGAGUUAAGAAGAUCAAGGACUAUGCCUUCGUGCACUUCGACGACAGGGACUGCGCGGUGAAGGCGAUGCAAGAAUUGGACGGGAAAGACCUGGGAGGAUCCCGCUUGGAGGUGUCACUGGCGAAACCACCUUCGGACAAGAAGAAGAAGGAGGAGAUCCUACGUGCUCGCGAACGUCGUAUGAUGCAGAUGAUACACGGACGCUCUGGGUUCGACUGGUGCGGGUGCUCGCCGCCGCACGCCAUGCGGGGCCGCACGCCGCAGCAGGCGCCGCGCCCGCAGCACGCCCGCCCCGACUACGAUUAUGAUUACGACUAUUACGGAUACGGUGAUUACCGAGGUGGCUACAAUGAGCCGUUUUACCGGUACGAUGAGUUCUAUUUUGAUUACGCGGGGCCGCCGCAACCGUCCGCCGUCCGCCAGCCUCCCAACAGACCGCAGCCGGCUGGGUCAUGUGGGACGGGCGGUCGGUGGGCGCGACGCGGGGGCGCGGCUGGGGCCCGUGGUGGUGCUCGCCGCGCCGCACGUGGCCGGCGCACGCCCAGCGCCACCCCUGGCAACCCGCGCGCCAACCCAAGUUUACCAGGUAAACGCAAGCACGACGGGGGUCACGAGAACCAAGGGGGAGAGUCGAAGCGGCGGCUGGGCGCGACGGCGUGCGGGUGGGGGUCGCCGGCGGCCGCGAGCUAGUGCCGUCCCCCGCCCCGGCCCCGCCCCCGCCGCCGCCCGCCCUCGCCCCCGCCGGCGCCAUUCGCGGUGAGCCCCCGCUUGGAGCACUACAAACUGUGCGGGGGAGCACUUGCCGCGUCCCCAGCGCCAGCCGCGAGGGUCCCCGACCCCUUAUUUUUUCUAUAUAUGUGUUUUUUUAUUUGAUUUUCAAGUUUUCGAUUUUGUAUCGCAUCGAUUCCGUAAAAAUCUUAAAGUAGGACGUUAUGAAAUGUUUCGAUUGUAAGUUUUCCGUUAUGCUUAUGUUUUGUCUGUCGUAUCGUAUCGGCCGUAUAUAUAUUUGUUUGAUAUGUAAGGUAGGGGCGACGCGCGGCUGCGGUUUCCUGUUUGCGUCCGCGCGCUCGACUCUGGAAACCCUCGACUGUCUGUUUUUUUUUUAAUACAU